UUCACGGCAUACGGCGUACGAUCGUUCAGUUAUUCGCUGAACUCGAAGCCGAUCGGAUCUAUUCUGUAUACUAGAACCCAACAUGUCGCUGAUCGAGACGGAGUCCCAAUGGCUGCGCACUACCAUUCUGCCAAAGAUUCUGGAGAGCGGUAGACUGCUGGAUACCUACAGCGCGUCGAAGGCGGACACAUUCCGGGUGGGGGACAUCGAUGUCGAUGUAAUUGGUCCCAAAGAGGCCUUCAUGCUGACACUCUGCUAUCGGACAACCAUCCGCUUUGAGUACGACGGCGAGCCGUUUGAGCGGAAAAUGGUCGUAAAGAAAACGCCUAUGGUUCCACCAGAUGUGUACGAAGCAGUACAGUUUGGAGAUCUUUUCGCCAAUGAGAUCGAUUUCUAUACGAAAAUCCUGCCACAGAUACAAAAGGUGGCGGAGGGAAAGUUUGCGGCACCCAAGUAUUAUUACAGUGAGCUGAAUCCGCUGUCGGCAAUCGUCAUUCUCAGUGACUUUGCUGAGGAUAGCUGGAGGGUAACCAAGGAUAGGGUGGGCCUCAGCCUGGAGCAUGUCCGGAUUGCAGUGAAGUAUUUAGGAAAGUUCCACGGCUUUACAUACGCCAUCAAGCACAAGAAUCUGGAGAACUUCGAAAAACUGACCAGAAACCUCAAGGAAUCCCGAUAUGCCAAUGACAUCGUGCACCCCCAAUACAAGGUGACGCUGCAGACAAGCGUUAAGCGCGCUGUUCAGGCUGUGUCCACCUAUCAGCCCCAAGUGGAUAAAGAUUUUGUGAAAUUGUUCGGCUUCUUAAUAUCGGAUUACAUCCAAUAUGGACGCCAACGAGUGGCGCCCAGGGAGCCGUUGGCAACUCUCUGUCACGGCGAUUAUGUGCGAAACAAUGUUGCCUACAAGUACGAUGGCAAGGAGGAGCCACAGGAAAUCAUGAUGUUCGACUACCAGACGCUGCGUGUGUCCUCCCCCAUGAUCGAUCUGUCCGUCUUCCUGGCCAUUUCUGUCUAUGCGGAUGUGCGCUACACCCAUUUCGAUAGCAUUUUCGACGACUACUGCUCGGCUCUCUACGAAAGCUAUAGGAAGCACGCGAAGGAUGAGGUGCCAGAAUUCAUGAACCGUACGGAGCUUGUGAAGGAGUACAUUCGCUUCUUGCCCUACAGUGUGUCCAUCACGGCCAGCUUCCUCUUUGAGCUCGUCGAACCGAUGGGACUGUCCCCGGCGGAAAUGUUCAACGUUCAGGUUUCGGACGAGGAAGUCAUUGAGCGCACUAUGAAAAAAGGCGGCGAGGUAGUUGAUAAGGAAGUUGCACAUCAACUGAAAGAAAUGUUUGAGUUGAGUCGAAAAUACAAUGUCCAAAUUGAGGAUGGCAUCGAUGUUAAUGCGUUGCCGAAGAUCUAAUUACUUGAAUUAAACACAAUGAAUUGUUAAUAUCUUUACCCGAUA